AUGGUACGCGAUUGUGUGCCCCGUCUUUUUCUGCUGGUGCCAUUUCUCUGCAGGUGUAUCCCUGAUUCUCUCGUGGAUCGUUUCGGUACUGUUCUAUUCGAUCCCUGUCUACUAUUUCUUGAAGUGGAGGCGUGAUACGACAGCUCGAAAUCUUGCUCGUAAGAGUGCUGCGACGGAGGAAGAAUGCAAGAAGGUAGAGAUGGUAGAGAUGGAUGUGCCGAAAACUGAAAAAGAAAAAGAAGAAGAAGAAAAA